AUGAUGGUCCUCACACCCCUUUUGGCCAUACUUGCUAUUCUGCUACUUAAACUUGCCUAUGACAACCUCUCAUGUUACUGGCUCACUCCUCUACGCAUCAAGAAAAUCAUGGAGAUGCAAGGUGUUCGUGGCCCAAAACCUCGCUUCUUCACUGGCAAUAUCUUAGACAUGGCUUCUCUUGUUUCCAAAGCAACCUCCAAAGACAUGAAAAACAUUAGCCAUGACAUUGUUGGACGCCUUCUGCCACAUUUUCUACUUUGGUCUAGCCAAUUUGGAAAGAGGUUUGUAUAUUGGAAUGGUACAGAGCCAAGGUUGUGCCUCACAGAGACUGAAUUAAUCAAGGAGUUUCUAUCAAAAUACAGUACGGUAUCUGGGAAAUCCUGGCAACAAAGGCAGGGUUCAAAAAAUUUUAUUGGGCAAGGACUGUUGAUGGCAAAUGGUGAAGAUUGGUACCACCAACGUCACAUCGUUGCCCCUGCAUUCAUGGGAGACAGACUUAAGAGCUAUGCUGGGAACAUGGUGGAAUGCACUAAGGAGAUGCUCCAAUCACUGAAAAUUGCGUUGGAGUGUGGCCAAACUGAGGUUGAUAUUGGCCACUACGUGACCAAACUAGCUGCAGAUAUUAUCUCUAGAACUGAGUUUGGAACAAGUUACCAAAAGGGCAAGAAAAUAUUCCAUCUUCUCACACUGCUUCAAACUCGUUGUGCUCAAGCAAGUCGUCAUCUUUGCUUUCCUGGAAGCAGGUUUUUACCAAGCAAGUAUAACAGAGAGAUUAAGUCUUUGAAGAUGGAGGUGGAGACUCUGUUAAUGGAGAUAAUACAAAGCAGAAAAGACUGUGUGGAGAUUGGUAGAAGCAAUUCCUAUGGAAAUGAUUUGUUGGGUAUGCUUCUGAAUGAGAUGCAGAAGAAAAGAGGGAAUGGAAAUGGUUUUGAUCUUCAGCUAGUUAUGGAUGAAUGCAAAACAUUUUUCUUUGCUGGCCAUGAAACCACUGCACUGUUACUCACUUGGACAGUUAUGUUACUUGCCACCAAUCCAUCUUGGCAAGACAAAGUCAGAGCUGAGGUUAAAACUGUCUGCAAUGGAGGAAUUCCCUCUGUGGAUCAACUCUCCAAGCUCACUCUAUUGCAUAUGGUGAUCAACGAGUCAAUGAGGCUGUAUCCCCCAGCAUCAGUGCUCCCUAGAAUGGUCUUUGAAGAUAUAGUGCUAGGUGACUUAUAUAUACCUAAAGGCUUAUCAAUUUGGAUUCCUGUGCUGGCUAUUCAUCACAGUGAAAAAUUAUGGGGUAAAGAUGCAAAUGAGUUCAACCCAGAUAGGUUUACUUCAAAGUCAUUUGUUCCUGGUCGCUUUUUGCCAUUUGCUUAUGGCCCUAGAAACUGCGUUGGACAAGCAUUUGCAUUAAUGGAAGCUAAGAUUAUUUUAGCCAUGUUGAUCUCUAGGUUUAGCUUCACUAUUUCCGAAAAUUACCGUCAUGCCCCUGUGGUUGUUCUCACAAUUAAGCCCAAAUAUGGGGUUCAAAUUUGUCUGAAGCCCUUGGAGCCAUGAGGCGUCAUCAGUU